AUGGCGUCUGGUAAUCUGAGAGCUGAGCUGGAAUGUUCCGUCUGUCUGAACACUUAUACAGAUCCUGUAACCCUGAAAUGUGGACAUAACUUCUGCCGGGACUGUAUUGGUCAUGUGCUGGAUACACAGGAGGGGUCUGGAGGAUAUUCCUGUCCUGAAUGCAGAGAGAAGUUCCAGGAGCGGCCUGCACUGCAGAGGAACAUAACAUUGCGUAACAUUGUGGAGAAAUUCCUGUCUGCUCAGCCGGAUCCGGAGGAGUCCGGGGUCCUCUGUACUCAGUGUUAUCACGCUCCUGUACCUGCUGUGAAAUCCUGUCUGCUGUGUGAAGCUUCUCUGUGUGACAACCACCUGAGAGUCCACAGCAAGUCCCCAGAACACGUCUUAUGUGACCUCACCACUUCCCUGGAGAACAGGAAAUGCUCCAUCCAUAGGGAACUACUGAAGUAUUACUGCACUGAGGACUCUGCCUGUAUCUGUGUGUCCUGCAGCUUGGCUGGAGAACAUCGAGGACAUCAGGUGGAGACUCUGGAUGAGGCCUCUGAGAAGAAGAAGAAGAAACUGAGGAAUGUUCUGCAGAAACUGAUGACAGAGAGAGAGGAGACGGAGAAAAGGGUCCAGAGUCUGGAGGAACACAGGAGGAAAGUACAAGGAGAAGCAGCCGGUGAAACAGAGAGAGUCACUGCCCUGCUCAGAGACCUCAGGAGACGUCUGGAGGACCUGGAGAAGAGAGUCCUGAGUGAGAUCUCCGGGAAGGCUGAGCGGACCUCCCUCUACGUGACGGAUAUGAUCCGGGAGCUGGAAAUAAAGAAGGAUGAGCUGUCCAGGAAGAUGUGUCACAUUGAGGAGCUGUGUAACAUGAUGGAUCCACUGACUGUCUUACAGGAAUCAGACACAGGUGACUUGUGUGAUACUGAGGAUGGAGAUGAUGGGGACAGAGAGAGACAUGAUAGACUCCUCCAUGAUGGAGGGGAUCUGGAUGUGGCUGGGAUGUCACAUACAUUACACACAGGUAUAUCUGAUAUAAUGUCCGGCUUAAAUGUACAGGAAGGUCCAGGCACACAUGUCUAUCCACAUUCUAGUAGAAAGGACAAACGUCCCAUCACUGCUAAACCAUCCAGGACACGCCUCCGACCCUCCCCCACCAUACAACACUCACACCUCAAGACUGGAGGACAUAAUAUUGAGGCUGUACGGCAAACAUCGGGGGUGUCGGGGAUUACAGACAUAUUACUGGAUGAGAGCACAGCUGGUAAUAAUCUUCUUAUAUCAGAUGAUAGGAAAGCUGCAUCCUGGUCAGUGUUUAGCCAGAAUCGUCCAGAAACUCCAGAGAGCUUUCAGGGUUCUCAGGCGUUGAGCAGUCGGAGUUUCUCCUCAGGGCGACAUUACUGGGAAGUGGAUGUCGGGGGGUCAGUGCUAUGGAGAGUAGGGAUGUGUUACCCCAGUAUAGAGAGGAGAGGAGAUCAGUCAGGGAUUGGAGAUAAUAAGAAGUCCUGGGGUAUGGUGAGGUGGGGGGGUAAUCAGUAUUCAGUAAGACAUGACAAUAAUGAGAUGGUAUUGCCCGGCGAUGUCCCCAGUAACAGAGUCAGGAUAGAUCUGGAUUAUGAGGCCGGGCGGAUCUCCUUUUAUGAUCUGUGUGACCCGAUCCGACACCUCCACACCUUCACCACCACCUUCACUGAGCCCCUCCAUGCCGGGUUAUAUGUAUGGGGAGGUGUGAUGGCGUCUGCUAAUCUGAAGAAGAAGCUAGAAUGUUCCGUCUGUCUGAAGAUUUUUACAGAUCCUAUAACCCUGAGAUGUGGACACAACGUCUGCCAGGAUUGUAUUGGUCAUGUGCUGGAUACACAGGAGGGGUCUGGAGAGUAUUUUUGUCCUAUAUGCAAAGAUGAGUUCCAGAAGCGGCCUGCACGGCAUAACACAGUGGAGAAUUUCCUGUCUGCUCAGCCAGAUCAGAAGGAGUCCGAGGUCCUCUGUACUCAGUGUUAUCACGCUCCUGUACCUGCUGUGAAAUCCUGUCUGAUGUGUGAAGCUUCUCUGUGUGAAAACCACCUGAGAAUCCACAGCAAGUCACCAGAACACACCUUAUGUGACCCCACCACUUCCCUGGAGAACAGGAAAUGCUCCGUCCAUAGGGAACUACUGAAGUAUUACUGCACUGAGGACUCUGCCUGCAUCUGUGUGUCCUGCAGGCUGGAUGGAGAACAUCGGGGACAUCAGGUGGAGACUCUGGAUGAGGCCUCUGAGAAGAAGAAGAAGAAACUGAGAAAUGUUCUGCAGAAACUGAUGACAAAGAAAGAGGAGACGGAGAAAAGAGUCCAGAGUUUCUCUCAUAUCAUGUCUGGGGUAAAUGUACAGGAAGGUCCAGGCACACAUGUCUAUCCACAUUCUAGUACAAAGGACAAAGGUCACAUAGAGGCUGAACUAUCCAGGCCACGUCCUCAACCAUCCCCUACUGUACAACAGUCACACCUCCAGGCUGAAGGAUCAAAUAUUGGGGCUGUACAGGAAACAUCGGGGGUGUCGGGGGUUACAGACAUAUUAUUGGAUGUGAGCACAGCCAGUAAUAAUCUACGUAUAUCAGAUGACAGGAAAACUGCAUCCUAUUCAUCAUAUCUGAAUCGUCCAGAAACUCCAGAGAGAUUUCAGUGUCCUCAGGUGUUGAGCAGUCAGAGUUUCUCCUCAGGGCGACAUUACUGGGAAGUGGAUGUCGGGAGGUCAACAUCUUGGAUAGUCGGGAUGUGUUACCCCAGUAUAAAGAGGAGAGGAGAUCAGUCAGAGAUUGGAGAUAAUAAGAAGUCCUGGAGUUUGGAGAGGAAGCGUUUUAAAAAGUGUUCAGUGUUACAUGAUAAUAAUGAGAUCCCAUUACCCGAAAAACUCUCCAAUUGUACUGAGACUGGUAACCUGGAGGAGAGUACUGAUACAGUACACACAGGAAACCUUGCCUGCAUGCUGGAAAGGACAGGAGCCAAGAUGCAGAGAAAUGACUGGGAGGGCCUCCUCAGAGAUAUACUGGAGGCUGUGACUAUGAGUAAUACCUCGUUAGUAAAUCUUACAAGUACCGUGCAAGGUUUGGAAGAGGAAGUCAUGCGGAUUCGUCACGAUAUACAAAGAAUACGCGAUGGAACGGCAGCAUUAGAAGGCGGAGUUAUCAAUGUCGAGGACGACAUGAAACCUGUACAUAGAGAAGUGCGCCUUAACUCUCUGACCGUUCAACAACACGGAGCACGCACAGAGGACUUAGAACAUAGACUCCGGCGUAGUGCUGGGCUAGAACCCCUCUCAGAGGAGCGGGAAUCCACUGAUACAAACACCCGGCACACUGCACCUGAUUCCUCAACCAUCACUCCAGGAACUCCACAAGUAAACCUCUGGGGGAACUCAUCGGAGUCUUCUACACCAAUCACCAUACACGAUGAUUCUCCUCUUCAUGAAGAAGCCAUAGACCUGCUACCAGAGGACUCAAGGUCUGCUUCCUGA